AUGCGUAUGCGAUUCAUUAUGGAUGAUCGCAAUUGUCCAAUGUGUAAACAGCCGCUAGAGCACGUGGUGGUUUGUGAUGAUAUACGUUUGUACGAAAACUUUGAGCUCUGGGGUGAUGCAGUAGGGCCUCGGUCGAUACUUGACGAAACGACGGGAAUGAUUUUUGUUGAUUGUCGAGCUCAUUACGACGAUCUAUGCAGUUUGCGCGAAUUUCGCUGCAGAAUGAAACGAUGUCGAGAGAAAAAGCACUCGCUGGGUCAACUGAAAGAGCAUAUGCGUCAUGAUCAUGGCGUCGCGUUCUGCGAGCUGUGUUUGACCCAUCAGUCAUUCUUUAUUCAGGAACAAGAAGUAUUUACAAAGGGCGCACUCAAGGGACACAAUAGUGGACGUAGUCGUGGUGGAUUAGCGGAUCCGAAACAUGCCAAUACUGGCAAAGAUUUCCACCCGAUGUGCCAGUUCUGUCGAAAGCGAUUUUACGGAGACAAGGAACUGUACGAGCACCUGGAACGCGACCACUUCAAGUGCCAUAUCUGCAAAGUUGAGAAUGAAUACUUUCGCAAUUACGCAAGUUUGGAGACGCAUUUCCGCCGGGAACACCAUUUGUGUGAAAACUCAAGAUGCCUCGAGAUGCGUUUUGUUGUGUUUCCUAAUGAUGUAGAGUACCAUGCGCACAUGAGUUCUAUACACGGUAUACACAAUCGUCUGCAAUUCAAUUUUCAAGUUGCGCGCGGCGGUGGAAAUCCAGUUAGUGGACCGCUCAGCUCAAAUUACGCUGAUGAAGUGCCAGAUCACUGGAAUUACGGCGUCAGUGACCAUCAACCUUCUCCGUCUGUGCAACUGGAGGAAGCAUUCCCAGCUCUACCGACACUUGCCAGGCCUUCCCCACCUCCAGUGUUGAGGCCAGCUAUAGCUCGGCAUUUCAGUGUUCAUAGCAAGAGUCCAUCUAUAUCGACUCGGCGUACUUCAACACCACCCCGGGGCCAGAUUUUUCGCAACCAGCGACUGGCGCAAGCACUUGGGGUUACUCGACCUGAACUUGCCAGUGGAGAUGCUGCUGCCUUCGAAGAAGAGAUCAAGACACCUCAUUACCCAGAAGAACUGAUUGCAUGGGGAAAAGCGAACACAAGCUAUCUAACCGUAGUCGAGCGUCGACUGGAGCGAAUAGUCCAAGAGCCAUCAUGUCAUAGCGUCAGUCUACGAACGAUGUCAGGUGAAGAGCGAGCGUUGAUGCACCAAUUGGCCACAUUUUACGGGGUUGUCUCGGAAUCAUUUGGGGAAGAUCCGCGCCGUCGAGUGUCUUUUUUCAAGCAUAAGGAUGCACAAGUGCCAAGCGUGACGCUGUCUGCGUUCGUGAGUAAUCUUAACAAGCAAGCUAAGGCAGCUCAAGCGUUGAGCCGCUUGAAAUAUCUCCCACUACGAAGCCGUUUACCCCCUACUCAGGAAAUGUCGUCAGUGCCAACUAGACGCCCUGUUUCUAUCAAUCGUGGCUGGGAACACAUUGAACCUCGCCAGGCUCCAAUUAUUGCAGAUGCGUGGAGUGAUGACGAUGAAAAGGAUGAAACUGAAGAAGAGGGCAGUGCAAAUAGCUCUGAAUGUCACAAGCAAAGCAAAAUUACAGGCGAAAAGCUAUUGGUCGAGCGGACUGCUGCCGUGGGCUCAGCUGUAAACGGUGGUAAUCAUGAGAGCUGUGCAGAAAUCGAGACACUAAAAGCGAAGGUUGCUGCGGUCACGAUAGACAAAGACGAGUGGAAGUAG